CAACCAGUAGAAAACGAAGAAGAAGAAGAAGUAGACGAAGAAGAAGAAGGAAGCCAGCGCUCUCUGACUGAUUCUCUAGUUGUUUAUCGGUCUUGUUGAACUCUCAGUGGAUUUUUAUGGAUUUCUCUGAGGCGAAGCUGCAGCUGCAGCAGCUGCUGAGCGGAGUGAGUCCGUCUGAGCUCCCGAAGCUGCUGGACUGGAUGAGAAACUCAGAGGAGCUGGAGGACGCGCUGCUCGAUAACAGGAGGGUGAUGCUGCAGAGCAUCGCAGACGAUCUGAGGGUCAGACUCCCCCUGGACGCCAUGAUGCCUUCAGAGACCAGCACUCAGCUCAAGAUACAGCAGCGUUCCAGGCCGACGGUUCACGUGGACGGUUUCCUGUACGACGACGAACACGUGGACGCUUUGUGUGAGGAAGGAGCCAUGAGCCGGAGCUACUGCCUCAGCUGUGGAUCCCAGCGGACGGCUCCUCUGGAUUUUGUCUCUCACUCGUUCUCUGUGUCCGAGCUUCAGUUCCUGUUCCAGAACGUUCUCCCAGACCUGAGCGGCCGGACGCUGGUGGACGUCGGGUCCAGACUGGGAGCCGUUCUCUAUGGGGGUCACGUCUACAGCUCGGCCUCUCGGCUGCUCGGCCUGGAGCUCAACGAGGAGUUCGUCCGACUUCAGAACGACAUCCUGCUCAAAUACCGUCUGACGGACCGAGUUCAGGUUCUUCACGCUGACGUCUGCACGCAGGACGAACUGCUGCAAAACGCAGACGUUCUGGUCAUGAACAACGUCUUUGAGUAUUUCAUGGAGCCCAGCGAGCAGAUCAGAGCGUGGAGCUUCAUCAUGAGGACCUUCAGGAGGAGAGGAUCUCUGCUCGUCACUGUCCCCAGUCUUCAGGAAAGUCUGAACGCUCUGCAGCAGGAGGCGCUGCCCUCUGGUUGGGUGGAGGAACUUCCUGUGGACUAUAACGUUUACCUGGGCAGAGACAUGGACCCUGACGCUCUGAGACAGAUCCACCUGUACAGGGUCAUGUGACCUCAGACUUGUACAGAUCUGUGUAUAUUUUGUCAAUAAAGUUUUUAUUAUUAUUAUUA